AUGACAGCCCGUUCAUUACCCCUGAACGGGAUCUACCAAACGCCAAGGAAAGAAGACUCCCUGAGGCGCAGGAAUAUCAAUGGCCCGCAACCCAAGACAAUGGGAAAUGGCACAAGCCCACCAAAUUCAACUUCAAAGUCCAGCAAACGGGGCUCUCUUCUCCGUCGCUGCAGAGAUUCCGCAAGCAAGCACACCUGGACAAUUCCAUUAGUUCUCGUGCUGGCCUUCCUUUCCCUAUAUGCUCUCAACCCGACCGAGUCAAACCCAAUCUCUCAUUUCCUGUUUCUCUCCUAUAAAGAGGAACUUCUGGAAGAUGCUGACCCUAAAGCCCCCACACAGUAUGGCAAGGGUCUGUGGGACAUAGCGUUUGUGUCAUUCUACGUGAUCGUGCUAUCCUUCACGCGGGAAUUUAUCAUGCAAGAAAUUCUUCGCCCUCUAGCAGUCUGGCGUAUCAAAUCGCGGGGGAAGCAAGCCCGUUUCAUGGAGCAGGCGUACACCGCGAUUUACUUUUCAGUCCUCGGUCCCGCGGGGUUGUAUGUUAUGCGCCAGACACCGGUUUGGUACUUCAACACGCGUGGCAUGUACGAACUGUUCCCACACAGGACCCAUGCGGCUGAGUUCAAGCUUUACUACUUGAUUGAGGCGGCUUAUUGGGCACAGCAGGCUAUCGUUAUGCUGUUGGGGAUGGAGAAGCGGCGGAAGGAUUUUACAGAGCUUGUUGCGCAUCACAUUGUGACAUUGGCGCUUAUUGCUCUCAGCUAUCGCUUUCACUUUACGUAUAUUGGAAUUGCUGUUUAUAUCACGCAUGACAUUAGUGAUUUCUUCCUUGCCGUUUCAAAAUCUCUCCAUUACAUAGCCCCGGACAUAAUGAUUCCCUUCUACGCAACCUCGAUCGGCGCCUGGAUAUAUCUCCGCCAUGUGCUGAAUCUUCGGAUCCUUUAUUCCCUUCUAACAGAGUUCCGGACUGUUGGGCCCUACGAGCUCAACUGGGAAACUCAACAGUACAAGUGCUGGAUCUCAAACAUCAUCACAUUCGGACUACUGGCUGUACUCCAAGCUCUCAAUCUGUUCUGGUUGUACUGUCUGCUACGCAGCGCGUUCAAGUUCCUCGCGACAGGCGAGAAGAAAGACGAUCGCUCUGAGCCGGAUGAGUCUGAGAUUGAGCACGAUGAAUUCAAGGUUUCUGGGGGAAUUACUGGCCAGGCUUCGACGAAUGGCAGUGCAUUGCCUAAUGGCAAGUCCCAGGGUGCCGCUAGUGGUCUUGGCCUCUCUAUCAAUGCCAAUGGGGUUCGCUAG